AGACCGGGGGCGGGGCCUGUGACUGCUUCCGGCUUCCGGAAGCCUCGGUCGCCGCGCGUCGCCGUCAUGGCAGCCGAGGAGAAGGACCCCCUGAGCUACUUCGCAGCGUACGGGAGCAGCAGCUCAGGCUCCUCGGACGAGGAGGACAGCAGCGAGCCGGAGGAGACGAGUCAUGGAACGGCAGGCAGGGAGGUGCAUGUGCCCCGCGGACGCCGGGCGCCUCGGUGGCUCACGGCGCCCCGUGUGUUUGCUCAACAGCCGCCGAAGGAGUUCAGAGUCUGGAAGUCCAACUGCGUGCCGCCCCCGGAGACGUACGCGGCGGAGAAGAAGCCGCCGCCGCCCGAGCUGGACAUGGCCAUCAAGUGGUCCAACAUCUACGAGGACAACGGCGACGACGCCCCGCAGAGCGUGCGGAAGGCCCGGCUCCUGCCGGACGGGGAGGAGACGGUGGAGUCGGAUGAUGAAAAAGACGAGCAUACUUCUAAAAAGCGCAAAGUAGAACCAGGAGAACCAACAAAGAAGAAAAAGUAGAAAACAACAAAUGACAGAUUUUGAACUGCGAAACUUCUUGAUGAAAUGGUUUUUUGGACAGAUAAGUUGAUAUUGUAAAAUAUGAAAUAUCAUCUCCAUGAAAGUACCUGUUAAUAAGUUUUGCUGCAGGAACUUUCCACUGUAAAAUUCACUUUUUAUUUAAAACUUGUAUGUAUUUAAAACUCAAAUGGUGACUUGUGAUUGUGAAGUUGACAACACUUAGAAGCAUUCUUGCUUUCACAGAACUGGUGACAUGCUUUGAGAUUUCUGUCAGAUGUUGACAUGCCAAUGUUCUAUGAACCUUUUAUAAAGGAAUGUAUUUUUAAAGUAAAUAUAAUGUAAUGUACUGUGAACUUGUAGGGUGCUUUUCAACAGUGUUUGUACAGUGUAAAUAGAUCAUGGAAAUAAAAUUACUUAUUCAAUAGUACCAUUACUGCAUUACAUUAACAUUUGAAUAUUUAUGACAGAUACUGCCUUUGCCAUGUGAUGUUAAUAGUAGGUAUUACCAUUUAGGGCUUUCCUCCUGUGUUCCGGGUGCUUUGUACAUAACAUUAUCUGUGAUCCUCAAACAGCCUAGUAAAACAGGUAUUAGUAGCCUUAUUUUAUAAUAAAGCGUAACAUCCAAGGUUACACAGCUAGUGAGCAGUGAAUUUGGGAUUUAACUCACGACACUUGAGCUCUAAAAUCAUCACGCUAAACCAUCUAUCCGCCAAUCAAAAUUUAGGAACUGUGAUUGGCAUCUUUUCCAGGUAUCCUUCUGUGGUAGGUAGUGGAGAUCCUCUCCUCACCUGAUUGUAUUGUACGUAUAUGUCUUAUAUUGUGAAAAUUCAUUGAUUUCCCUGUUACAUAGUAAGUUUGCUGAAUACAAAGAGUUGCCAGAUGUCAAAAAUAAAAAUACAGGACACACAGUUAAGUUUGAAUGUUACAUAAACAACAAAUAAUGUUUUAGUAUGUGUAAUAUUUAAAACCUAUUUAUACUGAAAAUUUGUUUACCUGAAAAUCAAAUUUAACUGGGUGUCUUAUAAUUUAUCUGCCAACCCUACUUCUACAUGUUUUCUCUACCCAGUUCCUAUUUUAAUGCUUGUAUAUAGUAAUAAUCAAGAAAACAAGAUUGUAGUCAGGAAGAUAAUAUUUGAUUUGACUUAUAUGGUCAAAUGUAGUGCUGUUAUUUGUAACAUUUUGAACAAUAAAAGGAAAAACACUGCAUCAGUCUUCCCAUGAUUCUUAGGCCUGUAAGAGACAGUGUUAAUUACAGGACACUGUAUUUAAAGUGUUAAAAACAUUAGUUUUGAAAAAUCCCCAGUCCAAUUGUUUCCCCCCAUACCGGAAGCCAGUCUUUAAAAAACUAUAAAAUUUGUUUAGUUGGGAACAUGAUCAAGUAAAUUAAAAUUUGUGUCAUUAAAAAUAUACCAGCCAUGAUGUUUUUGGAAUAAGCAAGGAACGUAACAGUAUGAUGGUUUCUAGUAUGUCUCAACUUACAAAAAAAACAAUUCUGCAGCUGCCUAUCCUCUAGGUUUAGAAAAGUAUGAAUCCCAAAAUUGAAGUAAUUGACAAAGCAAGAAACUGUUUAAGGUUGAAGUCUUUGUAUGUAAAUAAUUUGGAGGGGUAUGGCAUCAACUGGUAAAGCUUAACCCAAUGUGGCACCAAAUUAAAUGGGAUUAUAAUUAUGAGGCAAAAUGUGUGGUCUGAAUGCGUGUAUUGGUGGAACAGAUAGCUCAGAAGUUGCUGAAAUAUUACAAAAUUUUAAAAAUGACAGCAAACCAUAACCCCACCAAAAAAAAGCCCAUCAAGCCACUCUGAAAAUCUUUUAAACCUUUCGUUCCACUCCCAUUGGUUUAACUCCCAGCUUAUACCAGUUAAGACAGAAAAGCUCACUACAGCAGUCCCCAUGGGUGCUUUAAGCCUCCUUUCUACAAGGUAACAGAAUUGAGAGGAAACAUACUAUUCUUUUUGGAAGGGUUGUAUGUUUCAAUAUUUUAGGACAAGUAGUGGCCACACUUGCGAUAUUAAGCAACUUCUGGGAAUGUGCGUCUAUGAUACAUAGUUCAGGCUAGUUUUCAUAUGGGAGGGGGAAGGGAAGAUAACAAGGAAGGUUAAAUAUUUUGGAACAGUUUCAGCCAUUUGUAUCUUGAGUUUCUUUUCAAAACAUGGCCAAUUAAUGGGGAGGGAGGUGGAUUUCUUCACCUUCCACAGAAAUAUCCCUGGUUGGAAAGUAGACUUUCGUGGCACUUUCUACAUCUGUCACCUCAUUAGAGAAUGGAUUCUUUACCCCUUCAGAGAUGUUUUGGGAACAUGUUUGCUUAGGGUGUCCAUGUGGGUUCUCAGGUAAGGAGCUGCUUAGUUUAGGGAUAAUCCAGUGUAAAAGCUUAGAAAAACCCAUAUAGAUAAGAAAAAUCCUCUAUAAUCAAAUUGCUUCUUUGUUAGAUAAUCAAAUCACGUGAUAUUUCUGAUUGUUUGCACAUCUUUAGGAUAAGGAAGUUGUAUCAGGCAUGAAGAACUUUUUUGUAUAAGGAUAAAAUUGAGAAAAGAACUUAAGCAUUUUUGGGUCAUGUUGUAAAAUUUAAAGUGUAAAUAGCCUUAUAGAGCUUUGUGGAAAACAUUCUAAUUGGAAUCAAAGAGCAUUGUUGAGAAAAUCGACACUACUUUUUAGCCAUUAAAAUCAUUUCCAAAUGAGAGGAGGGACAAUUAAAAUAUGAAUGAACUGAUGCAGCUUUGGACAUGACCUACAUAUAUAUAAAACAUGUUGCCACAUGAUUGAGAUCACAAAGCCCUACCAGAGAUAUUUGAAAAAUGUGAUAAUUUUAUAGAUAUUUGAAUGAACUUGGCAACUCAACUUGAUAGGUCAAAACUGAUGCAUUUAAAUUCACAGCUGGACUUAAAAUGUAUCGUUGGUGGAAUUUUGGAUUUUAGAGUUUUGUAUCCAUACAGAACUGCUCCCCUGUUUUACUCUCCAUGAUCACUUAGUACAGGAGUGCCAGGCAGACAGUCCUACAAAAGGGUGUGAAAUUCCCAGCAAGUGUUUUGUUGAACUUUUCAUUACGUUCUGAAGCUUUCUCUCUCUCCUUCCACUUAGCUUUCCCAAUUUGAAGCAUGGCAAACUUUAAUGCAGGAGAAAAAAAAAGAUACCAAGAAGCAUUUGUAUGAAUUGCCCCCAGAGGUAGAACUUUCAGGCUGUUUUGUUUAUUGAUGAGCAAUGCCUGGCACAUAGUAGGCACUCAAUGUAACUGCUAACUGUUGAUGGUAAGCUGAAUUCCUCACCCCAGGCUUAGGGGUGAUCCAGCAGAGGUUUGUGUUUUCAGUUAUAUGUGCCAAUAAAUCUUGACAGUUUAAACCAA